UGCCUGGUGAGUGAUAAUGUAUCGAACGUGAUUUCUAGCCAACCAGUCACGAAUUGUGCGCCGCUCAGAAUGGAAGUAAAUUUACUCCUACUCACGGGGGUGAUCGCUGUUCUCGCCUAUCUUUACCAUUUGAUUACCAAAAAUAAUGAUUAUUUUCACGAUAAACCGAUACCUUCGCUGGUGGCGAAGCCUCUGUUGGGAUCGUCGGGGCCGUUGUUGCUGAAACGAGUUACUUUUCCGGAUUUCAUAAUGUCAAUCUAUAACAAGUUUCCAAGUGUAAAAGUUCUGGGACUGUUCGAUACCACCACGCCCAUGUUCGUCGUUCGCGAUCCAGAACUAAUUAAGCGGAUUGGUGUAAAAGACUUUGAUCAUUUUGUUGAUCAUCGGCCGAUUUUUGGAAACAGCGAGGAAAUCGACAGUCCACAUGCUCUGUUCGGGAAGUCACUGUUUUCGAUGAACGGCCAACGAUGGCGGGAUAUGCGGGCGACUUUGAGUCCUGCUUUUACCGGAAGUAAGAUGCGACAGAUGUUCCACCUAAUGACAAACUGCAUAGAAACGAUGGUUGAGUUCUACGAAACUGAACUGGGAAAGACUUCCGGAACGAAGGAAGUAGAGGUCAAAGAUAUCCUGUCACGCCUGGGAAUGGAUGUGAUUGCAUCAUGUGCUUUUGGUUUAAAACUGGAUUCAUUCAAAAAUCAAGACAGCGAAUUUAUUCGGCAGGCGAAGAAAAUGCUGGCGUUUGGAAAGAUAAGCACUGUGAUUAAGGUAUUUGCUUUCCGUUGGUUUCCAAAAGUUGUUGGACGCCUAGGUUUGGAUUUGAUUGAUCGUGAACAAGCAAUCUAUUUCUCCGAAAUCAUAAAAGAUACUGUGAAAACUCGUGAAAGUCAGGGAAUCGUUCGGCAUGAUAUGAUCGAUUUGUUGCUCCAAGCUAAAAAGGGAACUUUGAAGCAUCACCAGGAAACUGAAAUGUCUGAAGGGUUUGCUACGGUACAAGAAUCGGAUGUUGGAAAGAUUGAGGUUUCGACACCGAUGACUGAGACGGAAAUGAUCGCACAAUGUCUCAUUUUCUUUGUUGGUGGAUUUGAUACUGUAUCGACUAGUGCAACGUUUUUGAUUUAUGAGUUAAUUCGAAAUCCCGAUAUCCAAAAAACUUUAAAGGAUGAAAUUGAUCAGACAAAUAAGUCUCUUGGUGGAGGUCCUCUAACAUACGAGGUAUUACAGAAAAUGAAAUAUCUGGAUAUGGUAGUGUCUGAAUCACUACGAAUAUGGCCACCAGCACCAGCUAUUGACAGGCUUUGCGUGCGUGAUUACACUUUGGAUGAUGGUGAAGGAUUGCGGUUCACCAUAGACAAAGGCACUUGUGUUUGGGUACCCGCUCAAGGUUUGCACCACGACCCACAGUAUUAUCCAAAUCCCGAACGAUUUGAUCCGGAACGGUUUAAUGACGAGAAUAAGGGAAACAUCAACAUGGGAGCCUACCUGCCGUUCGGAAUCGGUCCACGAAAUUGCAUAGGAUCACGAUUUGCGUUGAUGGAAAUCAAAGCAAUUGUUUACUACUUGAUGCUGAAGUUUUCGUUCAAAAGAAGCCCGAACACACAAAUUCCGUUGAAACUGAAGAAGGGAUUUACCAACUUACAGGCAGAGAAUGGAAUGCACAUGACACUUCAAUUACGAGACGAUAAGUAGUUUGCGCAUAGCUUGUAAUCCAUUCCCAAAUAAAGAUUGGUAGAUGUUAUAUGAUAACGUAA